AUGGCUUCAACAACAACCCCCAACCCUCCCUCGUCCUCCCCAUCACCACCCCACGACAUCGAAAGCCAACAAGAAACCACUCCCCUCCUGCUCUCCCCCCAUGCUGCCCCAUCCUCACCCUCACCCUCACCCUCACCACCAGCCUCAUGGUCCCCUCCCCCGGGCUUCCUCCCCAUCCAGCUCGCCAUCAUGACAAACGUCUUCCUCAACGGCUUCGACGGCACCAUCACGGCCGCCACCUACGCCGUCAUCAGCUCCGAGUUCGACGCCGCCAACAGCGCCUCUUGGCUGACGACCGCCUACCUCGUCACCGCCGCCGCCUUCCAGCCGCUCUACGGGCGCGUGUCGGACAUCUUCGGGCGCCGCGCGUGCUUCUUCGUCUCGACGGCCGUGUUCGCGAUGGGGUGCUUGGGGUGCGGGCUCGCGCGGGACGUGGUUGUGCUGAAUUGGAUGAGGGCUGUGACGGGGGUGGGAGGGGCGGGCUUGAUGACCAUGGCUACGAUCAUCAACUCGGACAUGAUCCCCUUUCAUAGACGCGGCAUGUAUCAGGCCAUGCAAAACGGCGUCUUUGGCUUCGGCGCCAUCUGCGGCGCCUCCUUCGGCGGCACAAUCGCCGACUCCCUCGGCUGGCGCUGGUGCUUCCUCCUGCAGGUGCCCCUGUCCAUCUUUGCCCUCCUUGCAGGCCACGUCGUCCUCAAGAACGAGCAUCUCGAUUCAUCCUCCACCACCACAGACGUCAGCGGCAGCGGCAGCGGCAGCUUCAGCGCACUGUGGAAGAGGGUCGACUUCUCGGGCGCCUUGCUGCUGGUCCUCGCCGUGUCGACACAGCUGCUGGGGCUCAGUCUGGGCGGCAAUGAGCUGCCCUGGGGCAGCCCCUGGGUGGUUGGCGCGCUGGCGACGAGCGUGGUGCUGUUUGGCGUGUUUGUGAGGGUCGAGGAGAGGACGACGGCGAUGCCGGUUAUCCCGCUGAGGAUGCUGAGGGGGAAGAUGCCGGUUGCGACGCAGAUUGCGAAUAUCUGCGCGGGCAUGUCUUCGUACGGGUACCUCUUUAUGCUGCCGCUCUUCUUCCAGGCCGUCCUCCAAGACUCGGCCACCAAAGCGGGCGUCCGUCUCGCAGUGCCCUCGCUGGCGAUUCCCCUGGGCGGCCUGAUCGCCGGCACGGUCAUGUCUCGCUGGGGGAAGCUGAUUCCCCUGAUGCGCACCGGCCUCGCUCUCAUGACCGUCGGCCAGGCCUUGGUCUCUUCGUGGGCCUUUUCUGAUGCGCGGUGGAAGUACGUCGUGUACAUCUUUCCGUCUCACCUGGGUACAGGCAUCGUGUAUCCGGCCAUAUUGUUCAUCUCGAUUGCGUCUCACGCCCACUCCGACCACGCCGUGUCCGCCUCCACCACGUACCUCAUCCGAUCCCUCGGCUCCGUCUGGGGCGUCUCCAUCGCUUCGGCCAUUGUGCAGAACACGCUCAGCGUACGCUUACCGCAGGUCCUGAGCGAGGUACCAGAUAAAUGGAGAGUCAUUGACGAGAUCCGACACUCGGUGGAAGCCCUGCGGACGCUCCCGCCGGACAUCCAGCUGCAGGCCCGGCUGGUGUACUUUGACGGGCUGAAGCUCGCUUUUGGGGCGACGACGCUGGUGGCGGGCCUGGGGGUUGCUGCUGCGUUUGUGGCGAACCCGGCGAAUCUGAGGAAGACGCAUGCUGCCGGUAGGUGA